AUGAAUCCCCACGGAAGCCCUUCGGCGGCGCAGAACGUGCCACAUGGACGCCACCUGGCUUGUCGAGAAUGCCAGAGGAAGAAAAUCAAAUGCGAUCGGAAUUAUCCCUGUGGACAAUGUUCACGAGCGGGAUUCUCGUGUAUGCAAAGUACGAGGAAGCCGAGGGCGAAGACGGGCGCGAAGGCGGCGGAUGCAGAGCUGAGGCAGAGGAUUGCGAAGUUGGAGAAGUUGGUCGAGACGUUCCAGGGCGAGGAAGGUCAGGUCGCGAAUGUGACUGGGAACGGAAACCAGAUCGCCACAGCUUUACCGCAGCCUGGACCGGAGUUUAAGCCUUCGCCGCAGACGAGUGGUUCGAGAUCGAAUAGUACAGGCAGCCCUUCCGCCAUCGGACCGGACUCCGUUUCGCCUGCCAUUAAUGGAUUGAUGGCGGGCGGCUUUUGGUCCUCGCUUACGAAUGAGGUGAAGGCGCUUGCUGAUGCUUUUGAAGAGGAUGAUGUGGAUGAGGAGGACGCAGCGAGUCCGGAGACCACGUCACCUUCCGCCGCGCACGUUCUGGAACCGAAUCAUCCCACAUCUGGAUAUGAGCUGAUCUUCUGUCCGCCUGGAGUCUUGUAUGUCAUGCCUGGAGCGAUUCAGGAGCCGGAUACUGUGACGGGAUGUCAACUUUUCAACUCGUACCUGGAGCAUGUUGAGCCCGUGCAUAAGCUGUUCCAUGUUCCGACUUUGAAACGCUUCGUAGAGGGUGGAGAGCCAUAUCUUGGGCAACCCGCCGAUGCGCCUUGUAAUCGGGCUCUCAGGAUGUCUGUCUACUUUGCUGGUGCGAAUUCUUUGAUUGAUGAAGAGAGCCAGGCUAUGUACGGCGAACCAGUCGAGCAGUUGGCGCAAAGAUUCAGGGGGAUGGUGGACAUUGCGCUUUAUCAGGCCGAUCCGCUGAAUACGAAUGAGCUUGCUACUUUGCAGGCUCUUUUGGUCUACACAGUACGUCUCAUGCUGCCAUGUUUGAGCGCUUGCUAAUAUCAAUAGGCAUCAAUACGAGUUCUCGAUCUUAGCCGACGAGCCUGGUCCAUGGUGGGAUUGAUUGCGCGGAUUGCCCGCGCAAUGAAUAUCCAUCGUGAGCUUCCCGGAGAAUCUCCAUUCACUGCAGAACUCCGACGCCGAGCGUGGCACGCAAUCGUCUUCCUGGACUGCUACUCAUCGAUCGAUCGCGGAUCCGAACCAGCGAUACAUCCAGACACAUUCUCAAGACUGCCGCCUAAGAAUGUGAAUGAUUCGGACUUUGACGAAAACUCAAUCGCCAUUAUUCCUCGCAAAGGCGAAAUCACGGACAUGUCUCUUGCAUGCGUUGCGAUCGAAGGCUCUAUCUUGUCAAUCCGGAUGGCUCUUCCGGAGGGCAUACCUAAUGACGCCAAGACAUGGCAAAGGCGACUGGACAUGGCGAAUGAAUACGUUCGCAUGAUUCAUGAAAAUUUCUUGCAAUACUGCGAUCCGAAUAAUCCAUACCAUGAGACCAUCGCCCACACAGCAACUGCCGCAGCACAUUCCGUAAUGCUACGUGCGGUCCGACCGAUGGCUUACCACCCCUCCACUCCUCCGCCGAGAGUCGAUAGUCCUUGGGUAAUGCAACUUGCGCUGAACAUUCUCCGAAACGCAGACGAGAUGUACGCACGCAAAGCGACUUCUGGACAAUGGAGAAGGAUGCCUUGGGUUCCGUGGCAUGCGAUUUCCGUUGCGCUUGCUGGUCUAUGUUCCAUUCGGGGAACCGAAGUAGCCGACGAGGCUUGGACGCUCAUUGACAAAGCCAUGGAGCGCUACGGAAACCAUGUUGCAGACAGCCGGAAUGGCAUGCUCUGGAAACCCGUGGAGAAACUCUAUCGAAGGGCCGCUGCAUUUCGGAGAGGGUCUCAAACGCAGCCACAAGCCCCGCCUCAACCGUCUGCUAAUCCUCCUCGACCUAAUACAGAUGCCCCGAAUGCCGAGGUGGCGAUGCCUAUGGGCGGUGAUGGGAAUUGGAUACUGGACAACAUGAAUGUGCCUAUGCGUAUGCCUACUUCAAUGAGCAUGCCCGAGUCGGUGUUUGAUUUCCCGCCCGAGAUGCAGGCUGCGCUGCCCAUUGACAAUAGUUGGCUGGAUUGGGAGGCCAUGAUGAAAGAUAUGGAUGACAUUAAGGCGGAUGAUAUGCAAUGGGUAUGA